AUGAGUACAGACUGCGAUUCAAACCCUGAAAUUUUUUUUCGCCCGAUUAAGAGAAGAAAAUUCCAGCGGCGCCGGCCUGAGGACAUAGACAGCCAGCCAGAAACGCAAGCUUCACAGGAAGAUCUUCCGGCAUCCCAAACACCUCUGAACGAGCCAGAACCCGCACAGGCUGCUGAUGCAUUCCGUCUACGGCGAUUUCAUCGCUCUCGCAAAGGCGGCAUAGAGUUCUCGACUACGCCACGACCGACAUCAGACCAAGCGGACCGAGCUUCUCAGGCGCCGACAGAAGAUGCGGAUGGCGAACGGCUACGAGCCAUCCCCAUCAUAUCAUCGCAAUCUUCGUGUCGCGCCACCUCUGCUCGGUCUGCAAUGGAAACUAACAAUAUAAGGAUGGCCUAUAUAGAAUCCGAGCUGGCGAAGCGAUACCGACGUGAUACUCCUGGCAUUACACGGGGCAUGCCUGGCUCAACUACUACAACACCAAACGAUGCCAACCACUUACUAUCCACCGCAAACCUCCCUGAGCGCGAGCCCGCCGCUCUGGGAAAACUACAUGAGAUUGAUCUUGGUCAGGAGGCUAAACUACACAAUAUUGCUCGGACUGAGGAGGCGACAAAGAGAAUGCAUGGCGAUGAUGUCGAGCCGCAGAUAAAGUGUCCGUCAUCGGAUCUGCCAUCUCGAUAUCGGAAACGACGCACAAGCGAGGAUAUUGAGAGGGACCGAUUGGUAGAGGAGGUUUUGCGCGAGAGCAAGCGUAAGUAUUUAAGAAACAAUGAGCCCUACGCACGUCCUCCGCCCAUGUCCCUGGUUGCUAACAUCUGCCCGCGUUAGUGGAUGUCUAUGAUGAACCGGAAGAAGAUGAAACAAUAGCCGACGAUCAAGCGGCUGAUGAUAGGGUUGCGGAACAAUUUCGACGAGAGUUUCUGGAUGCUGUUCAAUCGCGGCGUCGGUUAGCCCGGACGAAACCUACGAAGCAGCCUGGCAAAAUCGAACCCCCGAAAGGCCCUAAAUUGGGAGGUAGCAGGAGUGCGAGAGCGGCAAUGCGUGAGAUGCAAGAGAAGGGAUCGCGAAAGUAAGCUUCUGUUUUUGUGAGAUGGUGGGAUCUCUAUGCGGAUGAC